UCCCAGAGCUUCUACUCAACACUGACUCACACACACACACACACACACACACACACACACACACACACACACACAUACACUUCCCCCCUCUCAUCACACAGAAGAGCCACACACACACACACUCAAACACACACCCAUAUUCCGAGUCAGUGGAUCUAGAUUCCCUCUCUCUCUGCCUGUCUUCCUGAGUUUCUGUUGGAAGAUGCUCUGCUGGGAGUUGUGUCUGACCCUGCUCCUCUGGGCUCGUCCUGCGAGGACCAUCCCUUCCACCAACGUCAAGAUCACACACGCCUUCCCCCUCCAGUUGCCAGAACCAGGCCUUCCCGUCACCUGUCCGUUGUUCUGGACUGAGUUUGAAGGUCACUGCUACCGUUUCUUCCCUCUGAACCGUACCUGGGCCGAGGCUGACCUGUACUGUGCUGAAUUCUCCAACGGUCUCAAGUCUGCCAAACUCACCUCCGUACACAGCUGGGAGGAGAAUGUGUUCGUCUACGAUCUCGUCAACAGCCGUAUCCCAGGGAUACCAACAGACAUAUGGAUCGGCCUUCACGACAGGAGACAGGAGGGCACUCUGGAGUGGACCGACGGCAGUAACUAUGGAUACAGCUACUGGGAUGGCAACCAGCCUGACGACGGCAUACACCGCAUCCCCGAAAAUGAAGACUGUGUCGAGAUCUGGUACAGGCAGAACAGCGCGCUGAGGUCCUGGAAUGAUAACAGCUGUGACAAAGCCUUUCCCUUCGUGUGCAAGAUCCCCACAGUGGACAACUAGACCUCCGGGGUCCAACACACACACACACACACACACACACACACACACACACACACACACACACACACACACACACACACACACACACACACACACA